CUCUUGCCUCAUCUAUAUCUUGUGCUUGUCCGUGCCAUGGCUUUCAUUGCUACCAAGCCAGGUAGGCACCUUUUUGGUGUAUUGAGCUACUACAUUCGACAAAAAUCCCAAACUCGAUGCACGUGAUACCCUUUCCCAGCAACUGUGACGAUAUCACACCGUUUCCAACCAUGCCUCCCCCACGUUUCCAGCAAGAGUACAAGGCAGCCAUGAAACCCCUGCCAUCUCCACACCCGGGCUUCACGAGAAAGAAGGCUAAAAUCCUAGAGCAGCUCUCCGUGCCCGCGUCCGAGUACACGGAUUCCUCGCCAAAGGGGUCCGUUGAUGAGGGCAUACGAGAGCUCAUCGACGGGAUAAACAGCCACGAUGGGCUUGUGACGACGAGCAGCUGCGCGGGCCGCGUUAGCGUCUUCGUCGAGGGCCGGAAGGGGGUUGUCGCCGCCCCGGAAGAGGCAGAUCAACCCUCAUCUGUGAAGGCGGCGCGGCUGCGGCCGGACAAACCCGCGAGCACGGCCGGGGGGAAGGGAGGUGGUGGGUCUUGGCUGUUCGUGUCGCACGACCCGGUCGAUCUUGGGGGAUGUGAUGACCCUGGUGGCCGGGAUGUGGCCGGUUUGUUUGGGCUUGAGAUCCCGGCGGAUCAAGCACGGGGGCUUGAGGAUGCGGGCCAGGCGCCUUUGAGGCUGAUACACUUCAAAUUCGAGCCCAUGAUUCUACAUAUCCUGACCGCCUCGCCAAGCCAUGCCCAGCUGGUGCUGAAGUGUGGCCUGCAGGCCGGCUAUCGAGAGAGCGGAGCCAUCAACCUGCUCGAGGGGAAACUGGAUGCCGAAAAUGCGAAUCCCAUGGUCGCCAUAAGAUCCAUGGGGCUGUCGCUCGAGUCCUUGAUAGGGGUCGAAAGCGAUGGCCGCAGGCGCUGUAUUGUUUCACUAGAGUAUCUCAAGAUGCUCGUCCAGAUAGCCAACGAGAGGUUUGGGGAGAAUGAGAAGAGAAUAGAGAGGUUUUGGACAGCGCUACAAGCUGCCCUGGAUGGGCAGAAGGCGGAGUCUCGGGAAGAACCCAGAUUAGAACGGGAUGUAAGGAGGGAAACCAAAAAGGCCGAGGGUCUGAGGAGGCAGGAGGAACUCGGAAAAGAACGCCAGCGGCCACCGGACGAGGCAGAAAUCCUACUAGAACCAAACUUCUUCUAACCACAUCUGCUCCCUUAGGUCUCA